GUGGGGUUGUUCACGUGUGCUUGACACUGCACCUACCAGCUCAGUGCUGGUCGACCGCGCACGUUGCUGCGUGACGCUGCGUUUCAUGGCGGCUAAGACGACCACUUCCUUCGAAGGAAGAGGGAGAAAGCGCAAGCGGCAAGUAUCCUGGGCCGCCGCGGAACUGCUGGAAGAGGUGAAACUGUUCCACAUGGCGAAACCCGUAAACCCUUCCAUACCGCCUCCCGUCGUUGAUGAUGGCGGGGAAGAUGCUGCUAGCCAACCAGGACUAGCGCUUCUCGGUCUACUCGGUGUCGAGUCAUCGUCAUCACUGCCAGCAUCUACAUCAUCGUUCUCAACGGCUUCACCCUCCCCCCUUUCUGUUGAUUCACCUAGCACCACCUUUCUUGCUCCUGUCGGUGGUGCGGGGAUAAUGAAUGGAGGGGAUAAUUUCCAGCCAUCAACCACCUCCGUACAGCUGCCUCCAGACGUGCAAGGUGGAAGUUUUGUCGGCAGUAGUAGUCAUAGUGGAGACGGGCCUGGCGGAACGGAAGGGGGACCAGCGACCGGACGCACGGUCGGAGCAAGCAGACUCUUCAAGGGCUUUGAAAAGACGGAGACAGUAGUAAGGAGGAAGAAGGUAGCGCCGCCACCCCCACCGGCUGGAGCACCUCCGCCAAUACCCCCUUCUGGCGAAAGAGAGCACGUGACACAUCGAUACCCGAAAGACAUUUGGCCAGGGCACAAACCUCCAAAUCACUUCGUCGGAGGGGAAGGGGCAAGCGAUGGCGAGAGAGCUGGGGAUGAGGAACAGCUCGAAUUUUUCUGCGACGGGUGCGACGAGACGAUUCCCAGCGGCGUCGAGCGCAUGGAGUGCGCGGUGUGCCCUGAUGAGUUCUGCCUGUGUCAUGCUUGCUACGACGAGGGAGAGGUCCUUGAUAAGCGACACAAGCAUGAGCUCUUGCCCUCCGCAGCUCCGUUUCACGUUACGCGUGCUGCCCCAAGCGCCGCGGCGGCGCUGGAGGCAGCAAAAGCGUUGCACGUUGCCGAGGCACACCACGGGGAAGGCUUGGCCUACGAUGAGGCCGACCUAGGAUAAAAGUUCUACAACGCGUCCUUGGACGUUGUGAUAGCGGGGGUUGGUUUUGCAUGCCCAGUGCACUGCUGUAAUUUGCGUCCAUGUCGGGUUUCACAGUCGAUGACAGGUCGGAUAGAUGCCUCAGAUGUGUUGGUGUUGGUUUUGGUGUAGAAUCCGCGAUUUUCCGGUAAGACAGAACUGGACGUCAUUCGCACUUAGACGACUGUAGGAUGUCCGCGAGUGUUUUGCCUUGCAGUAUCUGUGGACACAACCACCGAACUUGCCUAGGUAGACACCUAAGGUAUGAGAGAGACCAUUCACAAGGUCUCGACAGGUCGUAAGCAUAAGUUCACGUAUCGGAGGUUGAGAGCAUAUUUUCAUCGUGGUAUGGAUAGGCUGUUUCAAUGUAGAGAAUCGUGGUGGGCUGCGAAUCCGAUGAAAGGAUAUGUUGUAGCCAUGGAUCAGUUGAUGUUGGUCGAGACCACAACCCAUGGGAAGGUCGACGCGGUGUUUCCGGCGAUGUACAGGAUAACUGUGUAUGCCGAUGUUCGUAAUUAUACCCUCAGCAGUGACGACUGUUCGCCUGUUCAAGGUUUAUGGUGUGCCUGUUACUCUCUGUGUUUCUCCCUGUGGGGCGACUGGUAAUACGCAAGAUAAUCCGUGCGUCAUGCUUAGAUUGACUUAAUUACUGUACUUGCUGGUCAGCACUAA